CGGCCCCACCAGAUUACUCAAACCACAAAAACACAGAGACUCAAUUUUCUCUCUCUCUCUCUGGGAAGAUAAUAGUCUCCAUCUCUAAUCUAUAUGAAGCUACUGCUUCUGGGUCUCGUAAUCCUUCUGCUCAGACAUUUAACUCUCGGUGAUCCUGAAUUAUCUGAAAGUUAAGGUUUUUCUUUGUCUCUGUUAUACUAUUUUCUUCGAAUUCGAUGGACACUCUGUUGAAAACGCCCAACAAGCUCGAGUUUUUCAUCCCUCAGUUUCAUGGGUUUGAGAGACUCGCCACUAAUAAUCCAAAUCCUUCAAGGGUUAAGCUUGGUGUGAAGAAAAGGGCAAUCAAAAUUGGUAGUAGUAGUAGUAGCAGUGCUCUUUUGGAUCUUGUUCCUGAAACUAAGAAGGAGAAUCUUGACUUUGAGCUUCCCUUGUAUGAUGCUUCUGUGAAUAAAGUUGUUGAUUUGGCUAUUGUCGGUGGUGGCCCUGCUGGUUUAGCCGUGGCUCAGCAGGUUUCCGAGGCUGGACUCUCUGUUUGUUCCAUUGAUCCUUCUCCGAAGCUCAUAUGGCCUAACAACUAUGGAGUUUGGGUUGACGAGUUUGAGGCUAUGGACUUGCUCGAUUGCCUUGACACCACUUGGUCCGGUGCUGUUGUCUAUAUCGAUGAAGGUGUCAAGAAGGAUUUAAGCCGGCCUUAUGGGAGAGUUAACCGGAAACAGCUCAAAUCCAAAAUGCUUCAGAAAUGUAUAACCAACGGUGUUAAGUUUCAUCAGUCGAAAGUCACUAACGUGAUUCACGAGGAGGCAAACUCCACUGUGGUUUGCAGUGACGGUGUAAAGAUUCAGGCUUCAGUGGUUCUUGAUGCAACCGGGUUUUCCCGAUGCUUGGUUCAGUAUGACAAACCGUAUAACCCCGGGUAUCAAGUAGCUUAUGGGAUCGUGGCUGAAGUUGAUGGUCACCCAUUCGAUGUAGACAAAAUGGUGUUCAUGGAUUGGAGAGAUAGUCAUCUGGACUCAUAUCCAGAGCUUAAAGAACGGAACAGCAAGAUCCCGACGUUCUUGUAUGCGAUGCCGUUUUCUUCCAACCGAAUAUUUCUUGAAGAAACGUCUCUUGUUGCUAGACCCGGUUUGCGGAUGGAAGAUAUCCAAGAAAGAAUGGUUGCUAGGCUGAAACAUCUGGGGAUCAAUGUGAAGCGGAUUGAGGAAGAUGAGCGUUGUGUGAUCCCUAUGGGUGGUCCUUUACCGGUUUUACCUCAGCGUGUUGUUGGGAUUGGUGGUACAGCGGGAAUGGUUCAUCCUUCAACCGGUUACAUGGUGGCUAGGACUCUUGCAGCCGCACCAAUAGUUGCAAACGCCAUUGUGAGAUAUCUCGGUGGUUCAUCGAGUAAGAACAGUCUGAGAGGAGAUCAACUCUCUGCUGAGGUAUGGAGAGACUUAUGGCCUAUUGAACGGCGUAGACAGAGGGAGUUCUUCUGUUUUGGAAUGGAUAUUCUGCUGAAGCUCGAUUUAGAAGCUACUAGAAGGUUCUUUGAUGCAUUCUUUGAUCUGCAACCGCAUUACUGGCAUGGAUUCUUGUCUUCCAGGCUGUUUCUCCCGGACCUAUUGUUCUUCGGCUUGUCGCUCUUCUCACAUGCUUCCAAUACCUCAAGAUUGGAGAUCAUGACAAAGGGAACUGUUCCUCUUGCCAAGAUGAUCAACAAUUUGGUACAAGAUAGAGACUAAGGCUGCAACUGAGACUAUGUACAUCUGUUCCUUGGUUCUUGCCUCGGGGGUAUGUCUGCAACUGCAGGCUGUUGGAUAAUUGUGUAUAUCUAUGACCUGAAUUCUUGUGAAAUGAAAAUUUUACUAGUUCUUCUU